CUUUCCCAAAAUUAUCAUUCCCCAAUAAAAGCAAUUCCAUGAAACAGACACUACAUUCUUGUGAUUCCAGAAGGAUUCAUCCUUUGUUCUUAAACAGACCAAGAACCAAACUUAGCCCCCUUCCCUAUAUAUUUGCUUGACCAAUUAUCGACUUGUAUACUUAACCCAUAUCAAAAUUUUCAAAUCAAGAGGGAAUCCGGGAAAAAGGUCAUCGUCAUCAAAUCGAAAAUGAGGUCCGCCAGUGUCCUUACCGUAGCUCUCUGCCUUCUCCUGGGCAUCCUCGCUGGCCCGGCUGUGGCACAAGCACCAGCCCCAUCCACCUCCACUGGCAGUGCUGCCGGGACGGGCCUCGUGGCAGAGGUCUGUGGGCAAUGCAAGAACAAAGACCUAUGUCUCUCGAGCCUGAACGCGGACCCCAACUCAAAGGGUGCCGACCUGAGUGCUCUGACCCUGAUUGCCAUCCGUGUGGCCAUCGCUAACGCCACCGACACGGUGUCCUACAUCCAGAAGGAGCUGAGCGACACGAGCCUCGAGCCUGGGGUCCAGCAGGCUUUGAGCGACUGUGCCGAGAACUAUGACGAUGCGGUGCAGCAGCUCGACGACUCGAUUGCAGCCCUCACCAUUAGGAACUACGCGGACCUCCGCAAGUGGGUGCAGACUGCAGCGGCGGAUGCGGACACGUGCAGUGCGGGAGCCCGCGCAGCCGGCUCAGACAAUUUGGGGCUCUCCAAUCGGAGCAAGACGUUCCGGCAGCUGUGUAACAACGCCAUCACCAUCAUCGGCAUCCUUGAGAAGAACAAGCAGUGAUUGACGAUUGAUCAGUCGGAUCAUACGUGCCAAUAAUUCAUUGUUCUCUUUCGUCUCCUUGCCUUGUUGACAUCGAUGUUUGUCGAUGAAUAAUAUCUUACCACAUGUCUACACUUAAUUGGGAAUUGAUGGUACGCUAGAUCCUGAGGGGAUCGAUCAUCGGGGACGACAAUGUGUUAAAUAUUGACGCAAUUAACAGCUUGAAAGCUCUCAUUUUGCCCGGUC